AUGAACAAAAAUCUUCAUUCUUCUACGGCCUUGACCGAGUUCUCAAGGGAAUUUGAAGAAGAACCCGAGACUAUGUUUUCAAAGUUAGUGACUAAGUUCACAGCUGGUAUUUACAAUAGUGGUAGCAGCACGUCAAACCUCGGCAAAACGGAGGAAAAAUCAAAUAAAAGUGAGAUAAGUGAUAUUACAUUAGAAGUGGAACAUGAAAUAUGUAAUGCUGAAGCAUCGGAUACUGCUGCAAACCAGUUGAGUAACAAUUUAUCUACAUCAUCGGAGGAAUCUCAGCAGGAAAUUAAUACAUCACAAGGCCGCACUUCUAUCAACGUCCUGAAUCGGUUGAUGACUUUGGUGUCGCAGAAACCAACUAACUAUAAAAACUACAAACACACAGACCUACAAAAGUUAUGGAUGCCAGAUUCGACGUCAAUUGAAUGUUAUGAUUGCUCCGCUAAGUUUUCUACAUUCCGUAGAAAGCAUCAUUGUCGCUUGUGCGGUCAAAUAUUUUGCACGAAAUGUUGUAACCAAGUUGUUCCUGGAAAAAUCAUAAACUGUUCAGGAGACCUGAAGGUUUGCACAUACUGUUCAAAAGUAGUACUCACUUACCUAAAAUCGUCUAAUAUUGCGGCCGACUUAAAGUCCGAUCUUCGUGCAUUGCAAGAGGAUCUUUCCAAUAAGUUAUCGACAGGAACAGUGUCUACACAUAAUGAUGGUGAUCCUGGUCUUGCUAAUGUUCAACGUCGUAAGAUCUCCGUCGGUUACCAAGAAGAACGAUUUGCGUCGACGCAGACUCCAACUAUGUCGAGCGCAGAUAGGAAAACAAUACUUCAGCAGUCGAACUCGUUACGUGCGUUGUACGAAGAAAUGAUCAAAAUUCUUCCAAACCAAAACCGGGGGUUGGAUUUGAUAGGAUAUCUGAUCAGCAACCAAAAGUCCUCUAACAAUCGGCAAGCUGUAGCAAUUUUGAAUGCAAUGACAGAAGCAGGCUUUCUCAUCCCACUUACAUCAAGUGUUGCUGUAGUAAGUCAACCCGAUUCUGAAACUGACGAGAUAAGCAUAUUGACUGAAUUUGAUGAAGGCCUAAUGUACAAAUUUUUGUGGAUGGACGAUGAUGUUUCGCAGUCGGGUUCAUAUGAGCUGGAUGUCGAUUUCAAGUCCAGUUCAGUGCAUUUGAUGCGACCAAGCGGAGAGGACGACGGAAAUCAUGAUAUAAUUCCUCCUUCAGCACCUGAUAAUAUUGUACUUUAUUCCAACUGCCGAGAAGUAGAAAUUGAGAACUCUCUCAACUCUUCAUCUGGGGCCAAAGCAUUAUUGGAAUCGUUCUGUGAACAUGAAGAAAUUCUACUAAGUCAGUUGCUUCGAAGCGAAAAUCUAGACCCUUCAUGGGCCAAAACGUUAAUUCCGAUAGCGGCUCGCGUGGCCAAUACUAUACGACCUCAACUAUGCGGUUUGGUUGAUGCAAUGGAUAUCCGCAAUUACGUGUUUUUCAAAAAAGUACCUGGGGGGAAACGAAAAGAAUGUCAGAUUUUAGGUGGUGUAGCUUUCACUAAAAAUGUUGUCCACCGGCAGAUGAUGUCCCGUAUUGAAAAACCAAAGAUAUUACUACUACAAUGCGCCAUUGUGUACCAACGUAUUGAAGGAAAGUUUGUGAGUUUUGAUACGUUAAUGUUACAAGAACGUGAUUAUCUCAAAAACAAGGUCACUAAAAUACUUAGUCUUGGUCCAAACAUCGUCCUGGUACACAAAAACGUAGCUGGCAUAGCGCAGGAUAUGUUGCGGAACAAUGGCAUCACAUUGGUAUUGGAUGUAAAACUAUGCGUGAUGGAUAGAAUUGCACGUUGUUUGGACUGCGAUAUACUGACGUCCAUCGAUUCCAACGUUGGUCAGCCCCGGCUGGGAACAUGUGAUACAUUCCACAUUAAAACAUUCUACGAUGAACAAGGGUCAUCAAAAACUCUCAUGUGUUUGGAACGGUCUUAUAGCCCUCGCGGAUGUUGUGUUUUAUUAAGAGGUGGUAGUAUAAACGAAUUGGCAAAGAUUAAGAAAGUGAUAUCAUUGUUGUUAUUUGCUCGUUAUAACUGGCGCUUGGAACUGUCGUAUCUAUGUGACGAAUAUGCACGACCUCCAUCUCCCAAAUCGAGUAUUUUUGAGUCAAAAGAUACCAGCCCGUCUGAAGAAUUCAAAAUCGACAAUGAGCACCAACAGAAAGAUUCGAACAUGUCCAAAAAAUCCGAAGAGGCAAUCAAAAAAAUUAACGUUAACAUUGAAAACGUUGGGGAUUUUUCGGAUCCACUACGUGCCAUUGAUAUUUCGCCAAGCGCUUUUGAAUCAGAAAAUUCUUUUGUGCUAUCAGUUGAGACGCCAUUUGAUAAUCGUUUUAGAACGGCUCUUAGUAGUACUAUACUUUCGGUUAGUCCAUUCUUGUAUUUUCCUCUACCUUACCUGGAAACCGAAAACGGACGGAAAUGUGCGUUACGAUGUUUCUUUCCAAACGAGCUGUAUUAUUCCACACAGUGGAGCGAUCGGACACACGAUAAACAGAAUUAUUGUGAUACUACCGUUAAUAGUUCAAUCGAUACUAUUGAGCUUUCUCCGCCACACGAGUUCACCAAGUAUAAAAUUAUUUCCCCAAUAGAAAGCAAAGAGGUACAAUCGGUACUGGCCAAUUUUAGAGCUUCUGGAGGACGGUAUCCUAAACAAUCGAAAAUGAAAAAAAUAACGGUUCGUAAACGCUGCAUUACAACUGCUUCCCAAAAACCUAUAGAAACCUACACGAACAAAGAUGCGUUAGAUUUGGAAAAUCAUCAACGUCUACCUGUGCUAUUCUGCAGUUUUUAUUAUAACCCUAACGCCCCAUCUUCGUUUUGUGCACAACCCUCGUUCAUGAACAUGCAAUUUUACGGCCAAAACGACAUUAUGCUUGGAGAAUUUUUGGAAAGGUACUGUUUCCGUAGUUCGUACAUCUGUAAGUCAUGCAACUUGCCAAUGAUGGAUCAUAUACGUCGGUACGUUCAUUCGCAAGGCUGUGUUCAUGUUAAGCUCAGUGAAGAUGUGAGCAAGGUUGACACUGGUACCAUACUAGUCAUUUCAAAAUGCACCAUCUGUAAUGAAGGAACGAAACCGGCUCCAAUGGCCAACGACACUUGGUGUUAUUCGUUUGCGAAGUACUUAGAGUUGCGGUUUCACGGACAUGCCUAUAAACGAAGAGAGAUUGAGGGUCAAAGUAAAUGUGAUCAUUCUUUGCAUCGAGAUCAUGUACAACAGUUUUCUUAUAUGGGGAUCGUGGCCAGCUUCAUGUACACCUCUAUUGACGUAUGGGAAAUUGGUCUUCCGGCCAUGAUUGUGCGAAUGAAAAAUUUGAAGACUUGUGAUACGCAGCAAAUAGUUGAAGAGGUUAAAAAUUUCGCUGUGAAAGGAUAUGAAGUAUAUGCUCGAAUAUUCGACAAAUUGGCCGAACUCUCGACUGACACGGAUACCUUUUCAAGGCUGAAGAAAAAAGCUAACCAAGACCAAGUCAAUUUUAAGCAACGAGUCGAAGCCGUGCAAACCCUUCUUACAGAGGAGAUUGUCUCAUCAGAAGCAGUCGAAGAUUCCAUGUUAUUGUUGAAGAAAGCAAUGGCCGAAACAGUAGAAGAAUGGGAAGCUAAGCUACAUGAAAUCACCAUGCAAAGUAAAUCUAAUUCCUCGAAAUUUGGAACAAUGACGAUCGAUAACGGCACAAUAGCAACAGAAUACCAUGAUUUGACUAAGCAUAUGGAUGCAACUCAACCGAUUGUAAUUUCCGCUAUUACUAAUGAAACAAAUGUCGAAGCAUCCGCUCAAGAUUUCGUAGCAGAAGUUAUAAGAACAGAUGAAAAGGCCAUGAAAGAAGGAGACCGGAAAAGCGUGAAAGGUUAUUUGAGUCACUUUUUGUCUUCUUCCGAAAACACACACUUUUUGAGUUCGCCGUUGCCAAGUAACGAACAUCAUUGUUUAAAAUCAGGGCUAUUCCCUGUUGUGGUUAUUGACCAAGAUCUAGCGUCUUGCAUUGCGUAUAGCUUAGUAUCGUUAGAUUACAAGAAAGCACUUGACAACAUCUAUUCAGGAAAUAUGACGGAACAAAGUCCGCAUUUGAAGCGUAAAUCGUUAGAUACUGGCUUUACUGUAGAAACAGAUGACUCUGGACAAGCUAAAUCAGAAAAUGUGGAUGUCAAGAAAACUAAAAACAAUUCGCAUGUUGAAGUUCAGUUUCAGGACUCCUCUUGUAACAUUACCUGUAAAUUAUAUUACGCGAAAGAGUUCGACAACUUGCGACGUAAUUUACUCGAGGCAGCAAACAACGCCAGCGACAACGUCAACCAAAACGUUACAUCUAAGCCUACGAGCGAUUCGAAAACAAUGGAGGAUGAAAUCAAUCUGACCCGAAGAAUGUUCGCUCGUUCGCUCUGCCGAAGUGUAGUGUGGGAAGCUCGUGGAGGUAAAAGUGGUUCGAAGUUUAGCAAAACUCUCGAUGACCGGUUUGUGUUGAAGGAAAUGUCCAAAACCGAUGUUUCGAUAUUUGAAAACUUUGCGCCAAACUACUUCGAAUAUCUGACGCAAUGCUCUGAUAAGCAACAGCCAACGCUGCUGGCAAAAAUUUUCGGAGUUUUUAAAGUGACAAUCAGGAAGGACAAUACGACGAAUGAAAAAACUGUCUUGGUGAUGGAAAAUCUUUUUUUCGAUAGAGAAAUAACGGAGAAGUUUGAUUUGAAAGGUUCCCUCAGAAACCGAUUGGUAGACCCGAAUAGACAAUCCGGUGAAAUAGUGCUUAUGGAUGAAAAUUUAAUGCAAAUGUCCUGGACAAAUCCACUAUACAUUCUGACCCACAGCAGGACCGUUUUGAAGGACGCGAUAGACAGAGAUUCAUCAUUUUUGGAGAAAAAUGAAGUGAUGGAUUAUUCCCUGUUGGUUGGAUUGGACAAUAAAGAGCGAUUACUAGUAGUUGGUAUCAUUGAUUACAUUCGUACUUUUACAUUAGACAAAAAAGUUGAAUCUAUUUUAAAGCAAUCAGUUAUGAUGGGAGGAGGUCAUGGAAAGUUACCGACAGUAAUAAAACCGAAGAACUAUAAAACACGUUUCACAGAAGCAAUGGAUCGGUACUUCCUAGCUGUUCCAGAUAGGUGGGAUGGUUUGGCGAAACAUAAUUCUUGUCAUUACCCAUCAUGAUACUUAUUGUUUGUAAUGUAAUAUAAUGUAUUUAUAUAUAUACAAAACAUACAACAUAAACAUUAGAAUUAUUUGCGUUUUGGAUAAAAAUAAUAAUACUUCGGUUUAUACUCCCAACUUUAUUUUAAAAUUUUAUUCUCAAUCUGUUUAAUUUAUUUUAGAUUAAAACCCGUUAAGUGAAAUGUUUCUUAACUGUUUGAAAAAAGCUUCGAGAACAAGAAUCAUUAAUAAAUAAAAUUUACUAAAAUUGAAAAAAAAA